AUGACAAAUCUGAGCCACCCUUCUGAAUUUGUGCUCUUGGGCUUCUCCUCUUUUGGUGAGCUGCAAGUUCUGCUGUGUGGGCCUUUCCUCAUGCUUUAUCUUCUUGCCUUCAUGGGAAACACUGUCAUCAUAGUCACAGUCAUAGCCAACACCAACCUACAUAUUCCCAUGUACUUCUUCCCGGGUAACUUUUCACUGCUGGAGACCUUGGUGACCAUGACUACAGUGCCUAGGAUGCUUUCAGACCUGCUGGUCCCCUGCAAAGUCAUUUCCUUCAAUGGCUGCAUGGCCCAGUUCUACUUCUACUUUUCCCUGGGUUCCACCUCCUUCCUCAUCCUGUCAGACAUGGCUCUUGACCACUUUGUGGCCAUCUGCCAUCCACUGCGCUGUGGAACUUUGAUGAGCUGGGAUGUGUGUAUCCAGUUGGCAGGGGCUUCCUCAGCUCCUUUCUUAGCCAUGGUGCCCACUGUCUUCUCCCAGGCUUAUCUCAGUUAUUGCCAUGACAACAUCAUUAACCACUUUUUCUGUGACAAUGCACCUCUGCUGCAACUGUCCUGCUCAGACACCAGCCUGCAGGAAUUCUGGGACUUUGUGAUGGCCUUAGCCUUUCUCCUCAGUUCCUUCCUGGUUACCCUCAUCUCCUAUGGCUAUAUUGUGACCACUGUGCUGAGGAUCCCCUCUGCUAGCGGCCAUCAGAAGGCUUUCUCAACCUGUGGAUCCCACCUCACCCUGGUCUUCAUUGGCUACAGGUCUGGCACCAUCUUCCUUCAUGUCAGGUCUGGCAAAGAACAUUCUAUGGAAGUCAACAAGACCAUAGCCUUGGUUACAUCAGUCCUCACCCCCUUUCUCAAUAUCUUUAUCCUUACCCUCUGCAAUGAGACAGUCAAGGCAGUGCUACAGGGGCAGAUGCAGAGGCUUAAAGGCCUCUACAAGGCACUAUGA